UACUGAGGCUGCCUCUGGAGUUCAGCUGUGAGCAUCUCUACAGGAGGGGUGGAAAACUUCACUCCUUCAGCCUCAUCCGAUUGAUUACUCACGACAGACUGAUAGAUAGAUAGAUAGAUAGAUAGAUAGAUAGAUAGAUAGAUAGAUAGAUAGAUAGAUAGAUAGAUAGAUAGAUAGAUAGAUAGAUAGAUAGAUAGAUAGAUGAUAGAUAGAUAGAUAGAUUUGAUGUAGCAAUAAAUGACUUGCAACAACAACAAUAUUUUCUAAACUUUUUGUAGACAUACAAACAUUUUGGGAUAAUGCAUAUUUUUAAAUAUAUAUAAUAUUGUUUAAAUUGUAUAACAGUUGCUAUUUUAUGUUGCGUAGACAAUAUAAACUCGUAGAUGAUAUAAGCCAUAAACAAUAUAAAAAUGUAAAUGGGAUACUGAUGAUGCAACACACGCUUUGGCGCCUUCUUGCUAUCACAAGACAAACACCUGUUGGUCGUAAUACUAUAAUGGGACAUUCGUCAUCUCAAAAAGUGUUGUGGAAGGGCGUUUAAUAGUCUCAGAGAGAAACGAGGAGGUAAAUGUCAAGACGAAGAUGAAGUAAUUCGACUUAAAUCCCACCUUUCGGUCAACUUCGACAGCAGCCCUUUGCGAAUCAUGGCUCUAUGAAUGUGUGCAAAGAUCCCAAGGAAGAAGUCCUUUGGAGCUUUUUCUGUGACGUUGUUCAUAUUUUGGUUAAUGGAGUUUUCUGUGAGCAAAUAUUACUUGUCUAGUUAAGUGACACGACAUGACAAUUUGGUUACAACUGUAGCCUAUACAUUUUGACAUAUUCAGAUCCGUUUAACUGAGCUAACAUUAGCCACCCCCCCCCCCACCAUAAUGGUGGAUAUUUUGCUAAAUUGAGUGAAAACGACUUGUUUUAACAGUCACGAGGUAAAUAAAUAAAUAAUUUAUGUGAGAGAUACUUCCAUUUUUUUGGAGAGAACUUUAAACAUUCCAGAACAUUUACCUUCAGUCAUUAUCACUUGAAAUUUGUAUAGGCUAGUUAACUCAUAAUGGGGAUUUGACUAAUGUACUAUAUAUGUGUCUGAAAAACUCAACUAGUCAAGUUAACUUGGUUUAAAUAACUUUUACUGGGAUACGUCUUCUAUCAGAGAGGUGUCACAGCAGCAGCAUUGGGUUUGAGAGUUUGUGGUUGUGCUGCCACUAGAGAGCAGUCUCUACAUCACCUUAUGUAAUCACGUGAGAGUGACCUUGUGUUGGUAUACUAAGCAAUGUUUCUGACCCACAGUGACCUGGAUAAUUGCCUCUGGCCCACAUCGUGUUCUCCAUCCUGCACAAACUUCCAUGUUCCUUUCUUUUGGUUGUUACAGGCAGCGUGUGCUGGAGGAACAUGUGAAAACGUAUUUAAAGGUUUCUCAGACUGCCUGCUCAGUCUUGGAGAAAACAUGGUGAACUAUCCCCAAGAGCUGGAUGACAGCAAAAACCUACAGACCAUCUGCUCAUAUUGGGAUGACUUCCACUCGUGUGCCUCCACCGCUAUCGCAGAUUGUCAAGAAGGAGCUACAGACCUCUGGGAAAAACUGAAACUGCAGUCCCAGAGCUUGAACUAUCAGGGAAGUUUGUUUGAAUUAUGCUCCGGGGAUAAUGGAGUAUCCACACUUUUAUUACCUAUGGAAAUGAAGAUACUGCUGAUGUGUUUUACCACACUGGUGGCUUGGCUUGCUUUUGAGUAAUAAACCCGAAGAUCUGUCCUGAAACAAGUUACAGAAUGGAUAAUAUGCAUCCUUGUCUCUCUUCAGCUGACUCAGUACAUGUUUUGAUUCACAUGAUAUGAUGAUUAUGGUAAAUAUAGGACUCGUUGGCACUCCUUGACCUAUGGAAGAAUUCAGAAGUAACUCUCUUAAAUGGGUCUUAGGUCUUUUUAAAAAAAAAAAAAAUCUGAAAACGAUUCAGUAAAAAGUAAAAAUGUGAAUUAUAUUAUAUCACAUUAUAUUAUAUAAAAAAUAUAAUAUAACAAUUUCUUCUUGGACCGUUAAUAGGUAAAAACAGUGCAUUCCACAAUGAGGACCAAUAAUUAGAAUUAUUAUUAUUAUUUAAAGCACACAUAAAAUACAUAUUAUAUCAUAUUAUUUUAAUACAGUAUAGGAUAAUGGCAUUUACUUGUAAAUGUAUACUUAUAAA